AUGAAAUCUUGCCGAAAAGCUCUUCUUUUGUCAUCUUCUAAUUGUCAUGGGUAUUCAUUGUUAGAAUUUUCAAAACAAGAAAUCUGUACAUUCCUACAAACGAAUCAUGUAUCUGAUCUAAUUUUUGUGCCGUAUGCACAAAAUGGAUAUGAUGAAUACACAAAAAAAAUUAAAGAUGUUAUUAAUCCAUGGGGAUUUAACGUGAGAGGUUUACACACCUUCUCUGACCCUGUUAAUGCUAUAAAUUCAGCUAAAGCAAUAUUUAUUGGAGGAGGAAACACUUUUCUGUUAUUAAAAACCUUGUAUGAUAAAAACUUAGUUAAUCUUAUUAGGGAAAGAGUUAAUGCUGGAAAUCUUUUAUACAUUGGCAGUAGUGCUGGAACAAAUGUAGCAACUAAAAGCAUCCAUACUACAAACGAUAUGCCUAUUACUUAUCCACCUUCAUUCGAUGGUAUUGGUAUAGUACCUUUUAACAUUAAUCCCCAUUAUAUUGACAAAGUAGAAAAUGAAACUCAUAAGGGAGAAACAAGAGAUCAAAGAAUAGGUGAAUUUAUGGAAAUGCCACAUGCGAAUCCAGUACUUGGGUUAAGAGAAGGCUGUAUUUUACAUGUUAAUGGAGAAUCUUUAAUACUCAAAGGUGUAGCUGGUGCUGUGUUAUUCAAAAAAGGGGAACCAAAAGUUGAAUAUCCAUCUGGAGCAGAUGUAUCAUUUCUAUUGGGAAAUGUGAAAGAUAUCUGU